UAUCAGUGCGGUGGUCCACCACUUGAAAAAUAAACAUCAUGGAGUACAGACUGCAGAACGCGUUUCUGUUAGCCGUCCUGCUGCUGUCUGAAGGUUUUAUUGGGUUGCAAGCGCAAGAGGAUGGUGAGGGCAAUGACACAUGGGCCGGGAAAACCUGCAAGUGUGACUGUGAUUCCUCUAGCGAUUUGCUUUCCAAAGGCUCUUCAUCAAGGGGCCAGGAGAUGGACUGCAUGCCAGAGUGUCCCUACCAUAAGCCCAUGGGUUUUGAGGAAGGAUCUGUGACCUCAGAUCAGUUCAGCUGCUCUAAUGAAGACCAGUACACAGGCUGGUUCUCCUCCUGGAUUCCAAGCAAAGCAAGGCUCAACAACCAAGGAUUUGGGUGUGCCUGGUUGUCCAAAUUCCAGGAUACCAACCAGUGGCUUCAGAUUGACCUGAAGGAGGUCAAAGUGGUUUCUGGUAUCCUGACCCAGGGCCGCUGUGACUCUGAUGAGUGGGUUACCAAGUACACUGUGCAGUACCGCACCAGUGAGAAACUCAACUGGAUCUACUACAAGGACCAAACUGGAAACAACAGGAUGUUCUAUGGAAACUCUGACCGCUCUUCCACAGUCCAGAACCUUCUGCGUCCACCUAUCGUAGCACGUUACAUCCGUAUCCUCCCUCUCGGCUGGCACACCCGCAUCGCCAUCCGCAUGGAGCUGCUUCUUUGCAUGAACAAAUGCACCUGAUCUGGAACAUGUCAGCAAAGCCAUACUCAACUAUUUCCUUUUGCAUCCCAUUUAUUGUAUCACAACAUGCCGAAAGUGAAUAUCACUGCGCAAUCACUGCACUCGAUUAAUUUAUUAUUAUUUUCUGGUAUAUUCAAGGAAGAAAUUAUCAUUACAAUGUGUUUUAGUUACAUUUGUGUUUAAUAUGUUUUCCUUUUCUUUUUGCAUAUAAAGUCAUGUAUAUUUCAUUCAUUUUAUAAACCAAAAAUGUGUUUCUUUGUCAAAACCAGCAUAAGGGAGGGCAUCCAUUGCAAGUUUAAGCCACUGUAAUAUGGCUGAGCCAGAGGUUUGCUUAUCUGUGAUAUCUCAUGGGGUUUUGUAUUAUUGUGUGUUCUUAUGUGGUUUGUGAUGGUGAUCUGUUCCAUUCCCACAGUUAUGACCAAUUCCUUUUCGAAUGUAUCAUCAGCGUACAUUGUUUAAUUGUGUUUGUUGCUUACCUGAGAAACAAUGCCUUUUAAUAAAGUGGCUCUCUGUAUCUUGUA